UGGACAUAUGCAUGAAUAGUAUCCCUCUUGGCUCUAUUGCCAUUUAUGGCCAACCCUAGCUACAUGCAAGGCAAGCCACCGCCUAAGUAUUUCUAUAUACAUACACAUACUUUUUUUUUUCUUUCAAACUAUACAUAUACCUAUAUUGAAUGCAUGGAAGAGUUCAAUAGUACCACGUUCGUAUGUGAAUUUCGUGGGGAGGGAGCUAAGCUAAGCCGAGCCAGAUAGCUUCCUGCCUCACUGUCUCGCACAAGUAGGUGAAGAAGACGAUGUCUCAUUUAUUAUCACCGGAUAAGUUGUUGACGAUCGAGAAAAUCAGCAAUUCAUAUUGGUUAAUUUCAUAUGAAAACUCAGAUUGAUUGGUUCUAGCUAGCGCUUCUCAAAGCUUGUUUCAUUUACAACCUUUAAAUGAUUGAGGAUUGGUUUAGAUGAUGGAAUUGAACGAGUUAAUUUGACUCAAAUAUCUUAAAAUGAUCGAGGUAAUUGGGUCAAAUUGUAUCGUUUGACAACACAUAAGAUGGAUGCACCAAUUGGUGAGACAAUUUGAAUUGUUUUGUUUUACAUGAAUUUGUAAUGGCAGAGGAAUUGAGGAAGACAUGAGUAUUUUGAAAUAAUUCAUCCAUUGUUAGAUGAGAUAUUUUCGACACAAUUGAGUCAAAUUGCUUCAUUUUUUUUUACAGCUUUUACAUACGUUUCAAUCUUGUUUCAUUUACAACCUUAAAUGACUGAGGAUUGGUUUAGAUGAUGGAAUUGAACGAGUUAAUUUGGCUCAAAUAUCUAAAAGUGAUUGAGGUAAUUGGGUCAAAUUGUAUCGUUUGACAACACAUAAGAUGGAUGCACCAAUUGGUGAGACAAUUUGAAUUGUUUUGUUUUACAUGAAUUUGUAAUGGCUGAGGAAUUGAGGAAGACAUGAGUAUUUUGAAAUGAUUCAUCAAUUGUUAGAUGAGAUAUUUUCGACACAAUUAAGUCAAAUUGCUUCAUUUUUUUUUUAAAUCCAUCUUCAUUUUUUUUUUAAAUCCAUCUUCCAACUUUUACAUACGUUUCAAUCUUGUACUAUCCUAUCGAUUUACAAAUGGCCAAAAAAAAAAAAAUCCAAAACUUCUACUUUUUCUACGAGUUACCUUUUUAAGCAUAUUCAUCUCUUUACUUGCCAAGAAUCCCUUACUUACAAUUUGCGGUUAUUAAAUAUCAAACACAAAAUUCAAACUUUAGUUUAAUUGGCAUAGCAUUAUUGAUCCAUGUGGAAAUUGAAGGCGACAACAUGCAUUGAUCAAAGCCCUGCCUGCCACCGGCCGUUUUCAAGUUCCGGUGCCAUGCAUUUAAUGGCCGUUCUUCGUUAAAUGCCUAUGAUACCAAACACCCAUUUCCACAAUUUCAAACCCUAAUUAAUACACACACAUAUAUAUAUAUAUAUAUAUAUUGUAGCUAUUAGCUAGUAGCAACUCAUAGCAAGUGAUCAGUUGAUAUAAUAUCUCUCUUUUGCCAACUCCCCGCCUCCUUCGUAAUUACAUUGCCUCCCUUCUCGUUGAGUUCCUUUCUUCCACUAUAAAGAAACCCAUCACCUCUCCCUUCCAACCCAACUACUCCAUCUUCCUUCACUUUCUCCUCAAACAAACAGAUCGACCAAAUCAAGUUAAAGUUCGUUUCUUUGCCCACAUUUCUCAUCUGGGUUCCCCUUCUUUUCCGCCAUUUGUACGUAGUGUUCUUCCUUCAGUAACAAUGGAAACGACCACAGUUCUAGCCGUUCUGUCCACCGUGGCAGCCUACUUGCUGUGGUGGAAGUUCGUGUCGCGUCAGCUGUCGGGUCCACGUGUCUGGCCCUUACUGGGUAGCCUCCCGGGCCUCAUCGCUAACUCCGGCAGAAUGCACGACUGGAUCACCGACAACCUCGCCGCCGCCGGCGGCACGUACCAGACCUGCAUCGCCGGGAUCCCCUUCCUGGCCCGGAAGCAAGGCCUCGUGACCGUCACGUGCGAUCCAAGGAACGUGGAGCACAUCCUGAAAGCCCGGUUCGACAACUACCCCAAGGGCCCCACGUGGCAGUCCGUCUUCCACGACCUCCUCGGGGAAGGCAUCUUCAACUCCGACGGCGACACGUGGCUGUUCCAGCGCAAGACCGCCGCGCUGGAAUUCACCACCCGGACCCUUCGACAGGCCAUGGGCCGGUGGGUGAACCGGGCCAUCAAGCACCGGUUCUGCCCCAUCCUCGAGUCGGCUCGGCUCAGAGCCGAACCGGUCGACCUCCAGGACCUCCUCCUCCGGCUCACUUUCGACAACAUCUGUGGCCUGGCCUUCGGGAAGGACCCGCUCACCUUGUCCCCUGAUCUCCCAGAGAACGGGUUCGCGGUGUCCUUCGACCGGGCCACCGAAGCCACGCUCCAACGGUUCAUCGUGCCCGAGCCCUUCUGGCAGCUCAGGAAGAGGCUCCGGCUCGGCUUGGAAGCGGACAUGAGCCGGAGCCUCCAGCACAUGGACAGUUACCUGUCCGACAUCAUCAACGCGCGCAAGCUCGAGCUGGCAGCAGGCCGGCUCGAGCGGACCGACCACGUGGGAAACCCGCACGAUGAUUUGUUAUCCCGGUUCAUGAAGAAAAAGGAAUCCUACUCGGAAAAAUUCCUCCAGCACGUGGCGCUGAAUUUCAUCCUGGCUGGACGCGACACGUCAUCCAACGCGCUGAGCUGGUUCUUCUGGAUGGUGAUUCAGAACCCCAGAGUGGAGGAAAAGAUCCUCAUCGAGAUCUGCACCGUCCUGGUAGAGACACGUGGCGAACUAUCAUCAUCCUGGUUCGACGAGCCGCUAGGGUUCGAGGAAGUUGACCGAUUGAUAUACCUCAAGGCGGCACUGUCCGAGACCUUGAGGUUGUACCCGUCGGUCCCGGAGGACUCGAAGCACGUGGUCGCCGACGACGUGCUCCCCACCGGAGUUCAUGUUCCGGCGGGAUCGGCGGUGACCUACUCGAUCUACUCGAUGGGCCGGAUGAAGUUCAUAUGGGGAGACGACUGUCGGGAGUUCAGGCCGGAGAGGUGGCUGUCACCGGACGGCACGAAGUUCGAGGCACAUGACGCGUACAAGUUCGUGGCGUUCAAUGCGGGGCCCAGGAUCUGUCUGGGGAAGGACUUGGCGUAUUUGCAGAUGAAGUCGAUCGCGGCGGCGGUGCUGCUCCGACACCGGCUGACGGUGGUCCCGGGACACCGCGUGGAGCAGAAGAUGUCGUUGACUUUGUUCAUGAAGUAUGGUUUGAUGGUGGAGGUUGGAGCGAGGGACCUUAGGCCGGUUGUGGAGAAGGUAAAGGCAGUGGCAGUGGCAGUGGCAGUGGAGGGCAGCCCUACAAUUAAUGGGAGAGUUGCCCUUGAGAAGGGCAAUGGUCACGAGGGUGGUACUGCUGAUCAUCAAUUGGCCGCCGCGGUUGCUUGAUAUAUAUUUUGAUUGUAAAAUUAUAUGUUAUAUUGGUAUUUUUAAUUUUAUGGCCCUGGUAUACGUAAGGAUAUAUGUCAAUUUAUCGUAUGCAUUAAUGCAUGGCAGGAAACUAAUUUAUGUAGAUAUAUGUAGACGACGGUAAUUGUCAAGGGAGAGACCGUCCCCAAAAAAAAAAAAAAAACUGUCAAAGGAGAAUAAAAAUGAAGUUUAUGGGUUAUUGAUAUGUGUGUUAUGAAUUGUGAUUGUGGGUUAAUCAUCAUCACGUUGGUAGUCAAGGUAAAGUUAUUAUAGAUAGAUAUGCAAUGAUUAUGAGUGAAUUCAAGCAAUACAUUUUCAAUGAAUUGCAUUUUUCUUCAACUCGACCCUGAUUAGAAAUUGAGAAGUAGUAGUACAUUCAAAGAUUGGGACCGGAUCUUCGAAGAUGAGUGACUAAUGAGGGAUGACAAAAUAAUCCAUCAUUGCGGGUAUUCAAUCGAAUCCGAUUUGAUUUUAUCUGAAAAGGUUCAAUCACAAUAAUUUUUUAGCGGGUUUUCUUAAUUAAACCCGAUAAAGAGGGUAAUGUGUAUUUUUAAGUAUUAACUGAAUGUGUGUAGGCAUGUGGACCUGUACAUGUAUGGGUUCUUCAGUGGGUAGUUACCUUGAUGUUGAGAUGCAUGGCAAAUAAUUAAUGCAAGGGCAUAUGAAAUCAACUUUUGUAGCUAGAAAGUGAUAAUUAACAUAUACCUACUAAAAUGUGGAUUAAUUGUGAUCUCUACGUGGUCUUACAUAUAAGUCCGUAAGUCUGGCUUUAGAUACCCAUUGCCCCGAUCCGACUUUGCUCAACCCUGAAGGAUGGACUAGGUCAGUUUGUCUAUAAGGUUAGUCAGAGUGGGGUUAUCUUUUGAUUCUCUAAGGGUCGAGUAGGGUCGGGUCAACUUAGGGCAGGGGUGGAGCUAGCUUAGUCCUCGGCUCCCCUCCUCCCCCCGAGAAUUUUGAAAGUUACGUGUAAAAAGUUUAAGACUAUACGUAUAAAUUAAAAAGAAUGUACAAAUAACCACUGACAUGAGGAAUUAUAAAAGGAAAACAGAUGUAGUCCAGCGAAAGGAAACUAUAUUUGUGCUCUAUUGGGUGCCUAAGCGAGUGUUCGAUCCCUUUGGAAAGCAACUUUUAUAUUUUUCUUUACAUUUUUCACUUAAGUAAAUGGUCAAUUCUUUCACCCUAUUUAAAGCUACGGUAUACAAUUUCCUUUCCCCCUCAUAUUUUGGUUCAUUCAAUUUUAAUUUAAUGUUAUAUCAAUUAAAAUUAUAAAUUCUAAGGUUACUUUCAGAUAUAUAAUGAGUACUUUUGGACAAUAAUAUAUGUAGAGCUUAACUUUUUAGUUAUGAAAUCAAAAUAUACCACACAAAAUUGGAAUGUGUUGUUAAUUUCUUCAUAUUAUUCUAAUUUAUAUUGAAUUUAAUAUGAAAAAUAUUGUGUGUAUAAUUAAUUUUUUCAAAUAUUAGUUUAUUAGUAUUUUUCGUCCUUUAUUUUAACCGGAUUCCGGCCCCCCCGAAAACUAAAUCCUAGAUCCGCCCCUGACUUAGGGUAUAGUCACUUAAUUGUGGUCCUAUGAUCCAUAGCAACAACUAGUAAUUUGAAUUCUUCAUACGUUUGGACAUGUGUUUGUAAAGUUUUAAGAGUUUAGGUACUAUAUCAAUUACAUGGAUAGACAAAAAUUUAAGGACUUAUUUAUUAAAAUAAAUUUCAAGUACUAAAUUGUAAGAAAACUAAAUUUUGGUACAAAAAUUUAAAUUUUCAAACAUAAGUUAGAUGGGUUGGACCGACCUGCACACUCGACCCGACCCAAGCAAUUCAAAUGGAGUCAAGGGAAAUAGAGCCAGAUUGGGUCA